AUGGCUGCCAAUAACGAAGGAAGCUGUGAUUUGCCAGUCCUUGAGACAUUAUGUUUUUCUGAAUCCACAUCAACAAAAAAGGCGGAAGCCAGUUCCACUGAAGGGAAUGUUGUUCCAGGUGAAGAACCAGUAUCAUUUGGUGUCUGCAUUUUCUGUGAUUUCCAAUUAAACUUGGCAGAAGACAAAGAUACACUCCUUCGUCACAUGAUUCUGUCUCACAAAUUGGUCCUUGCUGAUGUAAAGCUAAUUGCCAAUUUACAAAAAUAUUUGGCCUACUGGAAAGAACGGAUGGUUGAUCAUGUGAUUACUGACUUUUGUAGUGCUAUUCAGAUUAACAGCAAAGAGACCGAUAUCGUUGAACAAUUCUUUGGCUGCCUUCAAGUGUACAGUGUCAACUUCUUUUUUUUCUCUUCUCUCUCUCUCUUUCUUUUCUUCUUUUCUCUUUCUUUUCUUCUUUUCUCUUUUUCUUCUUUUCUCUUUCUUUUCUUCUUUUCUCUUUCUUUUCUCUUUCUUUUCUUCUUUUCUCUUUCUUUUCUCUUUCUUUUCUUCUUUUCUCUUUCUUUUCUCUUUCUUUUCUUCUUUUCUCUUUCUUUUCUUCUUUUCUCUUUCUUUUUUUUCUUUUCUCUUUCUUUUUUUUCUUUUCUCUUUCUUUUUUUUCUUUUCUCUUUCUUUUUUUUCUUUUCUCUUUCUUUUCUUCUUUUCUCUUUCAAGAUAAAGCCCAAAAUGAAUAUUUGGAGAAUGGGAAAUUGUCUCCGAGAAGAAUAUUAUUUGUUGUCUGAUGUGCUACCUGAAGAUAAACUUUUGAGGCAAAAUUUGCAGAGAGAGAAACUUGAAGCCAUCCUUGCCUUUCAACAAAAAGAGCGAGAAGAUGAAACAUUUUCCAGAAGUUGUCUCUUUUGCCGAGAACACUUUAUUGGAAAUAGAUCAGAAUUGUUUGAUCACAUGGCCUUUGAUCAUGGAUUCAAUGUUGGCCAGCCAGACAAUCUUGUAUUUACAACAGAAUUCUUAGAUAAAUUACAAGAAAAAUUAACCAACUUGCAAUGUUUAUAUUGUGAGAAAAGCUUCCGUGAUCGUCCAACGCUGAAAGAACAUAUGCGCAAAAAGCAGCAUAAAAGAAUCAAAUCAAACAACAAAACUUAUGAUAAAUAUUACGUCAUUAAUUAUUUGGAAAUUGGUAAAAACUGGGAAAGUUUUCAAUCGGCUGAGGAAGCAAAUCUUGAACACGACAUGGAUGAAGAGACCUGGGACGAUUGGCAUGAUGAAAGUGGUUCCCAAGCAAUUUGUCUAUUUUGCACUUUUUCUUCCACUAUCACCGACAAUCUCCAAACGCACAUGAAGGAUUCCCAUGGUUUAGAUCUUGCAGCAAUAAAGAAAAGUCAAAACCUGGAUUUUUAUCAACAAGUAAAAUUAAUAAAUUUCAUUCGACGAAAGGUUCACCAACUGAAAUGUUUCAAUUGUGAUCUCCAAUUUGACAGUUGGGAAUUGUUGAUGUCUCAUAUGGAGACCAACAAUCAUUUCUCACAAAUUCCAGAUAGCAAAGUUUGGAACCAACCACAGUAUUAUUUCCCAACCUAUGAAAACGACAACCUGUUGUGUCAUUUACUGGAUGAUAUGAUCCCCAAUGACAGUCGGUACCAAGUCAUUUCUGAAGAAACUGAAGUUCCAGCUGAAACUCUGUUGCCUAAAUGUGUUCUCAGUGAAAUUACAGAUGUUGAUAACCAGUAUUUCAUGUGA